CUUGCAAUAGAGAAGGAGAGAGCGAGGGAUUACAUCGGCGUGUCGGCGGCAUCUGACAAGUACCAGUUUCAUCAGCAUCACCGGGAGAAUCAGUCAAAGGACGUUCUGCUCCAUCAGGAUUCAUGUAAAUAAACGGCUGUUAUCUGUCGCUUGUGGAACAGCACAGGGAGGCUGCAGUGGAGGAACUGUAUCAGGACCGUGGCUGGAACCAGCGCUCAAGCAAACAAACACAGACAGGAUGAAAAGCAUCGCGGUCACCUGACUCAGACCGGGAGUCAGUCUCAGAACCUGCAUUGCCAGACUGAGUCCUGUGGCUAUCAAGGAGACGGGAGCAGACGGGGAGAGUGCUGCUGAGAUUAUGCGCGGGGCACAGAGCUCCUGUGGAUUCCCUAUCUUUAGCAACAGCAGCAGGAGCUGUGGCUCCACAGACAGCAGUGGAGCAAGCUGGAGCUGCAGUUUGAGGAGUCCUAACUCCAAAGCUCUCUAUUUAUCCAGAGAUAAAAGUAGGAUUAACAGCCAAGUUGUAGUCCAAACUAGCCGUCAACGUAGCCACAGUCUUAAAUGUACCUGUAGCAACAUCACAGACAGUAGCUGCAGCGCUGCUGCAAAGGUGACCACAGCGGUGCUGCUGGGUGUAGCUCUAGCAGGAGGAGCAGUGGAUCAGAACACUGAAUGACCAGUGUGGCUGAUGAAGGCCACCUGGAUCCGCUUGCUGAAACAAGCCAAGGGAGGUCGUGUCAAGGGCUCUGAUGCCAGUGGUUCGGCCGACUCCUACACCAGCCGUCCAUCAGACUCCGACGUGUCCUUGGAGGAGGAUAAGGAGGCAGUGCGCAGAGAGGCAGAGCGGCAGGCUCAGGCACAGCUCGAUAAGGCCAAGGUUAAACCAGUUGCAUUUGCUGUCCGAACAAAUGUCAACUACAGUCCAAGUCACGACGAUGAUGUCCCCGUGCCCGGCAUGGCCGUGUCCUUUGAGGCUAAAGACUUUCUCCAUGUCAAAGAGAAAUUCAACAAUGACUGGUGGAUAGGGCGCCUGGUGAAGGAAGGCUGUGAAACUGGUUUCAUCCCCAGUCCAAUGAAGCUUGAAAACACUCGUAUACUCCAGGAACAAAGGGCCAAACAGGGAAAGUUCUAUUCCAGUAAAUUGGGAGCAAACUCAUCCUCUAGUUUAGGAGAAGUGGUUGCUAACUCACGGAAGUCUACUCCUCCUUCUUCCGCUAAGCAGAAGCAAAAGUCGACGGAACACAUUCCUCCGUACGAUGUUGUGCCUUCUAUGCGGCCCGUGGUUCUGGUUGGACCAUCACUGAAGGGCUAUGAGGUGACAGACAUGAUGCAAAAAGCUCUGUUUGACUUUCUGAAACACAGAUUUGAGGGAAGAAUAUCAAUCACUCGAGUCACGGCAGACAUCUCACUUGCCAAACGCUCUGUCCUCAACAAUCCCAGCAAGCACGCCAUCAUAGAACGCUCCAACACACGCUCUAACUUGGCUGAGGUCCAGAGUGAGAUUGAGCGGAUUUUCGAACUGGCCAGGACGUUACAAUUGGUGGUUUUGGACGCUGACACCAUUAAUCAUCCAUCACAGCUGGGAAAAACGUCCCUCGCCCCCAUUAUUGUCUACGUCAAGAUCACCUCUCCUAAGGUGCUGCAAAGGCUCAUCAAGUCCAGAGGCAAAUCUCAGGCCAAACACCUCAAUGUUCAAAUGGUGGCAGCUGACAAGCUGGCUCAGUGUCCUCCUGAGAUGUUUGACAUCAUCCUAGAUGAGAACCAGCUGGAGGAUGCAUGUGAGCAUAUGGCUGAUUACCUGGAGGCUUACUGGAAAAGCACUCACCCCACCAGCUGUAACUCCCCCAUUCCACUGCUAACUAAACUGCCCACAGCCGCCCUGCCUUGCAGCCCGCCACACGUUUCCAGCACACAGGGCAGUGGAGCGGAGCAGAGAGAGACGGUGGUAGUGGAGAGAAACAGCUCCAGAGAGGAUCACCAGCACCACCAUCACCAUCAUCACCACCACCACCAGAACCAAGAGCAGCCUGAUGCCAAUCCCGAAGCUGACACAGAAGGCACCGAGGAAGAGCAGCAGCUGAGGAUAGAGUCCUCCAGGAGAUCCCAGCACACCCACCACCGCUCGUCUUCCACCAGGAAUGAGCACCACAACCACCAUCACCACCACCACCACCACCACCACCAUCACCACCACAGCGGUCGAGCCAGGGGCCUCUCAAGGCAGGAGACUUUUGACUCUGAAACCCCAAAGAGCUGCGAGAGCAAGGACUCGGCCUAUGUCGAGCAGCAUGCUCACCUCCUCCACCAAGAACAAGAGGAUGAGGAGGAGAACGAGGAGGACGAGGAUGAGGAGGAGGAAGAUGAUGAUCUAGGGGAGGGACACCCCCAACAACAACAGCGUUAUGAACCCCUGCCCCACAAGGACCACAACCACCAUCAUCACCACCAUCAUCACCGUGGUGGCACGGACGAGGCUGGACAUAUUGCAGUACACCAUCACUCUAAGGAGCGGGACCACAACGAGCGGAACAAGCAGCACUCUCACCACCACCGCCAGCCAGCCCGAGACCACCACCUACAGUACUACGACCGAGACCGAGACCGGGACCGGGACGGAGAGGUGGCUCCCAAGAAGAGGGGAGACACAGGGGACUGGAACAGAGACUCCCACAUCCACCAGUGACUGACCAAAGCCCUGACUCCUCCCACAGGCGUUACAUUGUGCUGCUACACCCCAAUUCCACAGCCUCCUAUUUAUGUACACCUCCUUUGUAAAUGCAUUUUUUUCAGUGAGAGGAUUUUGAUGAUAAAUAUAUAAAUAUAGAUGUGUGUAUCUAUGCAUAGACAUUAUGUGUGGAUAUGCAUGGGUCUUCUCCAAUAUGCAUAUUUUAAACCCGUGUUUGAUAAAGCAUGACACAAAAGCAGAUUUUUUUGUUCUGAGCUGUGCUUUCUGUGAUGAUCAAAUUUGAAUAAUUUGUUCCUUCAGACUACUGCUAAAGUUGGCUGAGUUAGGUUGAUGUAUUUGCAGAGGAUUACUUUUCAGCUCAUUAGAUCUUUUU